UGUCGCUAACCCCCUCAUAUUUAUUCCAACAUCUUCUCUUCCUCCAGCCUUUCCCCACAGAGAGCAAAGUUUCAGAGGAGCUUAGGGUUUCUGCAACUGCGAAGAACUAACAAUGGGAAAAGGUACAGGAAGUUUCGGUAAGAGGAGGAACAAGACUCACACACUCUGUGUAAGGUGUGGUCGUCGUAGUUAUCAUCUCCAGAAGAGUAGAUGUGCUGCUUGCGGUUACCCUGCUGCUCGUCUCAGGAAAUUUAACUGGAGUGAGAAGGCUUUGAGGAGGAAGACUACUGGAAGUGGUAGGAUGCAGUACUUGCGUAAUGUUCCUCGCAGAUUCAAGAGUGGAUUCAGAGAAGGUACUCAAGCUGCACCCAGGAAGAUUGGAGCAUCUUCAUCAACUUAAACAGAAGAGUUUUGAAGGAGGAAACAUUUGUGGGUAGUAAUUUUGAUAGUUUGUUUUAGACAUUAGUUCUGUUAUCUAUAAAAGACCAAGAAUGUCUAGUUAUUUGCUUAAACAAUGUUGUUGCAGUAGAUGUUCCCUUAUCUUGAGAUUAUUGAUGGAUGGGUAUUUUGAUUUCUUUUGCAUUAUGGAAAAUGUUGGGCCCUCAUUUUGAUAUAGAUGUUUACUUGGAAGUAAGGAAUUAGUGAAUUGCUAUUAGAAUGCUAUGCAAUUU